AUGAAUAAGAGAGUUGGUUUCAGCCCCGAUGUCAACGAUAAGCAACCGGUAAUCAGGAAGCAGUACUCUAACAAAGAACGCUCUGGAUACGGCAGUAUUAAAGUUAGCGGGGGGAGCAAGGAGAGAGUCCAUGCUGCUACUCAGGGGACCUGGACCAGUUUCAGAGUUCCCGAAAGCUCUUCGUCAUCAGGAUUCUCAGCCGCGAGAUUUGCAAAGCGCGUUGGAGCCAACGUUGCCCAGGCUCUUCGUUUCAUCUCCUGCCGGAAGAAGUGUUCGUGCAAAGUGUCUUCGGCGGCUAGUUUAACUUUAGCAAGAUCACGGUCCUAUGCAGAGACACUUGAUGAUUCUCAGCGGGCUGAAGCUAUUGAGGAAUGCAUUGAGUUCUUGAAUUCAUCAUCCUCCUUGCAAAGAUCCAAUUCAGUUGCAAGCUCUUGCUAA